AUGGCGCCCCCGGAGCCAGGCAGCAGGAGGUCCCAGCGGCGGACUCAGAAGGGCCAGAACUACCGCACAAUGGGAGCCCCAGAAUUGCCACCGCGCCAGGAUCAGACGUACCUGGAUGAGAAGAUCGCCAUCCCGGAUGUGGGAGGGCCCGGCUUCAGCUUCCGGAAGCUGUGGGCUUUCACCGGCCCCGGAUUCCUCAUGAGCAUUGCCUUUCUGGACCCGGGGAACAUCGAGUCGGACCUGCAGUGCGGGGCCGUCGCUGGGUUCAAGUUGCUGUGGGUGCUGCUCUGGGCCACCAUCCUGGGGCUGUUGUGCCAGCGGCUGGCGAUCAGGCUGGGUGUUGUCACGGGACUGGACCUGGGCGAGGUCUGCUACCAGUACUACCCAAAGGUACCGCGCGUGCUGCUCUGGAUCACGAUCGAGAUCGCCAUCAUUGGUUCCGACAUGCAGGAGGUGAUCGGGACGGCCAUCGCUUUCAGCCUCCUCUCAGCUGGACGCAUCCCCCUGUGGGGCGGAGUCCUCAUCACCAUCAUCGACACCCUCUUCUUCCUCUUCCUGGAUAAAUACGGUCUCCGGAAGCUGGAAGCCUUUUUCGGUCUCCUGAUCACUAUCAUGGCAGUGACCUUUGGCUACGAGUACGUGGUGGUACGGCCUGCCCAGACGGAGGUGCUGAAGGGCAUAUUCUUCCCCUACUGCCGCGGCUGCGGGCGGGAGGAGCUGCUGCAGGCCGUGGGCAUCGUGGGCGCCAUCAUCAUGCCGCACAACAUCUACCUCCACUCCUCCCUGGUCAAGACCCGCGAAGUGACGCGCUCCCAGAGGCAGGAGGUGAGCGAGGCCAACAAGUACUUCCUGAUCGAGUCCUGCAUCGCCCUCUUCGUCUCCUUCCUCAUCAACCUCUUCGUCAUGGCCGUCUUCGGCCAGGCCUUCUACCACCGCACCAACCAGGACGUGUACAACGUUUGCGCCAACAGCAGCGUCAGCCAGUACGCCCCCAUCUUCCCCAGGAACAACGAGACGGUCUCCGUGGACAUCUACCAAGGGGGAGUCAUUCUGGGCUGUUACUUCGGCUCCGUUGCUCUCUAUAUCUGGGCCAUCGGGAUUCUGGCAGCGGGGCAGAGUUCCACCAUGACCGGGACCUACGCUGGGCAGUUUGUCAUGGAGGGGUUCCUGCAGCUGCGCUGGUCCCGCUUUGCCCGCGUGCUCUUCACCCGCUCCUUCGCCAUCCUCCCCACCGUCUUCAUCGCCGCCUUCAAGGACGUCAGCGACCUGACGGGGAUGAACGACCUGCUCAACGUGCUGCAGAGCAUCCUGCUCCCCUUUGCCGUCCUCCCAGUUCUCACUUUCACCAGCAUGCGGCCACUCAUGCAGGAGUUCACCAAUGGCAUUGUCGGGAAGGUGCUGAUGAUCCUCAUCACCGGGCUGAUCUGCGCCAUUAACCUCUACUUCGUGGUGAUCUACAUCCCUACGCUGGGCAGCAUUGCCUACUACAUCCCCCUGGCCUUCGUGCUGGCUGGCUACGUGGCCUUCACCGCCUACCUGAUCUGGGUGUGCUGCAUUGCACACGGAGCCGACUUCCUGGCCUGCGGACGCCACAGCCAGUUUUCCUACGGGCUCCCCUCCACCGACCCCCCAGGCGGGGCAGGGCCCCGCUGA